AUUACUUCAAUGGAGCCAGACUGGUGGUGGAAACCCCCAAAGACCCUGUCUACAGCUCCAGUGGGGCCAAUGUCACCUUGCCUUGCCACUACCGCUUUGAGCCUGACCAGGAAGCCAAACGCAAGAUCCGCAUCAAGUGGUCUAAGCUGCGCGACGACUACACCAAGGAGCAGGAUGUGCUGGUGGCCAUUGGCAGGACCUAUGUAACCUUUGGGGACUUCCACGGCCGUGCUCACAUCCUCCAGACUGGCCGGCGCGAGGCCUCGUUGGUCAUCAGCGAUGUGCACUUGCAGGAUGAUGGCAAAUACCGCUGCGAGGUCAUUGAUGGGCUGGAGGACGAGAGCGACGUGGUGGACCUCCAUCUGCAAGGCAUCGUGUUCCCCUACCAGCCUCCCCGCGGGCAGUACAGCCUCAACUUCCACGAAGCCGAGCGAGCGUGCCAGGAGCAGGGCGCCAUCCUCGCCACCUUCAACCAGCUCUUCCAGGCCUGGAGCGAGGGGCUGGACUGGUGCAACGCGGGCUGGCUGGCCGACG